CAAACAUUUACAUAAACUAGUUACUGCAACAGCGCGCUCCGAGCGCAACCUUCUGCAGCCAAGAUAUGGAGCCAUGUCUCUCUUAGCUUCCUUCUUCAAGUUAAUCCCCACUACAAGGCUACUUGUACUCGUUUGCCAUGUCCUACACACCGGACGAGUCCCCCGCUCAGCUCUACGCCGAGAAAACAUGGCUGGCUGGUAGCAUCAUCACCGGCGUAGGCUAUGGCGUUGUCUUGGCUCUUUUCUGGCUCUGUCUGCAGUCAUUGUGGCACCGUACGCGAGUAAGGGACGCAGACUAUACUAGGAAUUGCUUUUUUCUCGUCUAUGUCUGUGUCAUGUUCACCCUAGGAUCGCUUUUCAUAGGCUCCAACUCCCAAUUCACCCAGCUCGCCUUCAUAAAUGAUCGAAAUUUUCCAGGUGGUCCCAGUGCGUGGGAGGUUGAUAUGUUUUCCAUCAGUGCGGAUGAGAUAUCCAAUGUCUCUUUUGUCUUGGCAGAUUGGUGUGCUACAGCGCUCAUGGUCUGGCGCUGCGCCAUUAUAUACCGUGAUUGGACCAUGCUCCUCAUAUCUUUUGUGCUCGGCGUCCUCUUUCUCUAUCAGAUCUCAUCCCCAUCAUCAUCGCCAUACUCUGCUGCUGGCACGACUGUGAAUUUCACCUUCCCAUACUUUUUCUUUGAACUUGCCACCAAUAUCAUGGUCACCAUCCUCAUCGUGUUCCGCCUAUAUUUCUAUCGUCUCCACACGAAGCAAGGAUUAUCAGGUCCUGAACACGUAGCGGAACACACUAGUGUCGAGUCGAUGAUUGUUGAGAGCGCUGCAAUUUACUCCACGUUCUCCUUACUGUUCUUGAUUCCGUUCGCGACGAAAAGUCCUGUUGCCAACGUGUUCAUGCAAGUGCUUGGAGAGGCGCAACUCAUUGCCCCCCUGUUAAUUAUAUUCCGCGAGGCCGAAGGGAAGGGCUGGAUUAGCUCCGCGUUAUCUGCGGCAUCUUCCAGUAAAACCGCUGUCCCAUUGGCACAAUUCUCCGAUAUCGAGUUCACGUCUCAGCAUAUGCGUAACGAGGGCCUCAAAUCUACCGACUGUAGAGACGUUUCCCCGACUGCAGAGGAAGGUCUUGAUAUUGAUAAUGGCGAUGGCGAUAACGUUGUAGAGGUUCCGAGAACGGAGGAGGAUUACAUCUAGUUGGCCGAAGGGGCCUUGACAAUGUAUUCCGCAUAUCGCAUUAUGUAUUUGUAUCAUAUCUUCCCAAACUGCUCAAUGUAUUAUAAAGUAGGUAGCACGACUCCGAGUGACG